UAAAAAUAAGGUCCCACCUCACGCGCCAAAACGUCCUCAUCCAGAACUGUACAUUUAUCCAGCUACGAAGCUGCUCAGACGCAAUUUGUUCUUUGAUCCCCACUCUGAUAUCCGCUGCAAUUCUUGUGUUUUAGAUCUCAAAACUUGAAACAUUUUGUAAAGGGAAGGGAAAUCGAUUGGAUAUGGGGAGGACGGAGUACUUGAAAAUGAGUACUGAUCAAGUAAAAGCCGAUUUGAUCCGGUCUGAUCUCAAUGAGCUCAAGGUUGCUGCCAAGCGACUCAUCAAUGAUGCCGCUCUGCUGGGUGGGCUCGGCUUUGGUACUUCAUUUCUCAAAUGGGUGGCUUCUUUUGCUGCCAUAUAUUUGCUGAUAUUGGAUCGGACAAACUGGAGAACGAACAUACUGACCUCUCUCUUAGUCCCUUACAUUUUCUUUAGUCUUCCUGCAGCAAUAUUUAAUUUGUUAAGAGGUGAGGUCGGAAAAUGGAUUGCUUUCAUUGCAGUGGUGCUCAGGCUUUUCUUUCCUCGACACUUCCCAGAUUGGCUGGAGAUGCCAGGAUCAUUGAUUCUUCUUCUAGUUGUGGCUCCCAACUUCUUUGCGGACACGUUGAAGGACAGCUGGGUUGGUGUUUUGAUAUGCCUCCUCAUUGGUUGUUACCUACUGCAAGAGCACAUCAGGGCAUCUGGUGGAUUCAGAAACUCCUUCACUCAAUCCCAUGGAAUAUCAAACACUCUUGGUAUUAUCUUGCUGUUAGUUUACCCAGUAUGGGCAUUGGUGCUUCACUUCAUCUAAUCAGCUGGAACUUGAACAAUCAUUUUCAUGUCGUGUCUAAAUUUGUAUCUAAUAUUUGAAAUCUUAUUGCUAAUGAUAACUCAGGUUAAUUAUUUUAAUUUUAAUGAAUGCAAUAUUUGAUAAUUCAUACUUGUCUCUUAGGCCACCUAUAGUGCAAAUGAAGUGUAGCUCAAUGGACUUGAUCUUGAGGUUCAUAACCUUCAAAAACACUGGAAUUGGGAAGUUCUCCAUUUUAGAUAGCAAUUGUUGGAACUCAUACCCAUUUUGAAAUCGAGAGUUUUGUAAAAAUUAAUUUGUCUUUUUCCGUCGAUUCUCUCAAUUUGCAAGGAAAUAAUUUAUUUUUUUAAUUUUAAAAAAGUUAUUUUUAAAAAAAUUGAAGUCAUGCAUAAUAAUAUAAAAUUUCUUUUUUUUUUUGGACAAAUGCAUUAUAAAUUACAUUUUUACAAGGUCUGUGUAAGGCAAAGAGUACAACAGAGGAUUGAAUAUAAGGCCCACUAAAAACUCACCCAACCCUUAAAUCAAAUCAAUUAAAUCAAAUUAAAACAGUCCCACCCACAAAAAAACCAAGACAACCCAUUCAGACUCUAAAAUCCAACCCAUCCAUCGCCAUGGGAUUGGAAAUAUUUGAAGUUCGUCAAAAGGUUAUUGCAUGCUAAUGUGGUGUUACAAUUAAUUUUAUGUUAAGCAAAGUAAUGCGAUUAAUUUUUUUAUUAAUAAUAAAAUGUAACGCAAUUAAUUUAGCAAAAGCUCAAUCAAGUGGACAUUAAAACUCACUCCAUGGUAUUCACCCUUAAAUUAAUAAUUGAUUUAUUACUUUUAGUUAAUUAUAGACUUGAUCAAAAUAUGGGCCUCAAAAGUUUUACCAAGUUAGAUUAGGCCCGCCCAAUUAAAUAAAAAAGUAUAACAUUAAUAAAAAAAAAUUUCGAUAAGUAUCCGACGUGUCGUAGCCGCUUUGAGUUUCGAAUUUGGAUGAGGGCAAGAGGUAAAUCAAUGGUAUAUUGGUAAUUUUAAACGAGAAUAGAGCAAAACGGAACCCUAGCUGUAUCAGUCUUUGCCUAUAAAAUGGUAACGAAGGCCUACUUUUCUUUGAGUUCUUCCCUCCUGUUCCUUUUUUGUUGUUUUGCUUUUUGUUUUUUCGUUUUUCGUUUUACUCAGCUAUAAUGAUUAGGGUUUCUCGGUGAUGAAGAAAAAAAAGAUGACGAGUCCGAUCAAUCCAUUCUUUCAAUUGUGACGACAAAUCGAGGCAUUUGUCUGAGAGAAAUCCUUUUCACUGCUAUUCUUUAUUUUUCCCUAUUUUUAGUUUAUGAUCUCAUAUUUUUGUUCAAGAAAUAGCUCUACCUCUAUGAAAUGGUUCUUUUUUUUCUUAAAAAAAAAAGAAAAAUUAUUGCUGAUGAAAGGCGGGCGGUAGUGAUGAUUGAGAUAUUCCAUAUGUCUAUAUGAUGAUUUUAACUCCUCCUACUCA